AUUUUUUCAAUAGAGAUAGUAUUUUAUUUGUAAAAUGAAGAACUAUAUAUGCAGCUUUAGAACUAUAAUAAAGCGAUGAAGCAUGACACUUUUAUUGAGCAAAAACCCAGAAAUAUCCAGGAAAUUUACAGCCAUCAAAGUCAAUCAGGAAAAACAACAUGCGUUACGGAAGAUCUUCUGGAAAUGCUAAUUAGAAUUAAUAGUCGGAAAAGUGGGAGUGAUGAAAAUAUAAAAUCUGCUUUCUACGCCUCACUAAAAGGGGAUGUCUCUUUAUCCGAUUCAAACAAAGUGCUAAAAUUUGAAGAUGUACGGGUGAAUAGAGGUAGAGGAUAUGACUCCUCUACUGGUAUCUUCACUGCUACGAGGGACGGAUUGUAUCAUUUUAGUUGUGUGAUUUAUGGGGACAGGGGAGAUGAUAUUGGUUACCAACUCAACAAGAACGAAUCUAUAUACGUGAAGGGAUACUCAAACAACGGAGCAUACGAAGCCAGUACUCUCAGUGUAUUGAUGGAAUUAAAGAAAGGAGAUCGGGUUUAUAUCCAGCAUAGACACAAAGGCAACACUGAUAAAGUAAUUGGUAGUGACCAUUCAUCAUUUGGCGGCUAUUUUUUGCAAGAAUAAAAUCCUGAAAAUAAAGUAAUGAAAUAUAGUAAGAGGUAUUGUGCUCGAACGCAAACUCCUUUUGUUUAAUCGCUUUGGAUGAUGAAUGCCCGAUCCUAGAUAUUUCAAGUUCCAGUCAUAAUUCAGUUUCAUGUAUUUUGUAGCCUAUUAUAAGUAAUGGUGAAAAAUGGAAAUUUCAUGAUAUAGAAAUAAUGUUGUAAGCUAAUCUAGUACAUGAAAGUAGAUUUUCACUUUUAUAAUUUUGUAUCAAAUACGGAAAUCUUUGAUUGAUUAAUGCUGCCAUAGAACAAAAUAUUCUUGUAUAAAUGUAAUUCAUGUUAUAAUUUAAUUAUUUUUUUAAGACAUUUACGUCAAAGUCUGAUGAACCUGUCUUUGUAUUUGCGUUAUGGUUUCAUGUGUUUAUGAAAUUGACAAAAAAUAGCUAAAGGAUAGUGAUUAUCCAUUGGAUCCGAUAAGCUAACCAAUGGCUAAAUUAAUCCAUAGUUUUAAGCAACCCAGUCCUGUUCUAUAAAUCGAGGAGACAGCCUGCACCACAACUUCCACUUUAAGUUGAUUUAAUCACAUCAUUUAUACGAACAUUUGUCCGAUUGAAGAUUUAACCGCAUGAUUUUU